ACUACUGUGGAUAACUACUGUGGAUAACAUUUCUAUUAUGUCCCUUCCACCCAUUCUCAGCAAGUGUCUGCUGUAUUGGAGAAAAGAGGGCAAGCCAAUCCUUUCUCACCCCCUUCAAUUUUUCUUUCAAAAUCUAGGUUGUUAAAGGUACUGGAGGCAGAUGAGGUCAUUGCUAUUUUCCUAUUCCCAUUCCUUUUCCCUUUGGGAGUCUUCUUAUUGUGCUCCGAGAAACCGAAAGUUCAUCAUGAUGAGCAAUACUACCAAAUUUCUAUUACCCAUGAUCAGCAACAAUCUAAUUCUAACCCCCCCGCCAUUAGCAAUAUCAGCAGCUACCUCAAGUAACUACUACCAUAAUAAAACCUCUUCCCCUCAUCACCCAGGGCCAGUAGUACCAUCAACAUUGCAACUAAAUGACAAGCCUUUGCUCAUGAAGAGAAGAGAAGCAAUUUUUAAUAUUAUUGGUCUCGGCAUCGUCCUCGUUGAUGUUCUUUUACACCCACAACCUGUAGCAGCAGCAGAAGCCACCGUGUCGUCGUCGUGUGAGCUAACGGUGGCGCCUUCUGGCCUCGCAUUUUGCGAUAAGGUUGUGGGAUCUGGCCCAGAGGCUGUCAAAGGGCAACUGAUUAAGCUCAAAGGCCUCGGCUUGGCACAUUAUAUAGGGAAAUUGGAAAAUGGGAAGGUCUUUGAUAGCAGCUACAACCGCGGCAAGCCUCUUAUAUUUCGUGUUGGUGUUGGUGAGGUUAUUAAAGGCUGGGACCAAGGUAUUCUAGGCGGAGAUGGAAUCCCUCCUAUGCUUGCUGGGGGGAAACGCACACUAAAGCUUCCUCCAGAACUCGGAUAUGGCAUGAGAGGAGCUGGAUGUAAAGGAGGGUCAUGUAUUAUUCCUCCUGAUUCAGUUCUGUUGUUUGAUGUGGAUUUCAUUGGCAAGGCGUGAAAAGGAGAUCUCACAUUCCUAAGGUCCACCGAAGAGUCAUAUAAUGUAUAUUCGAAGAAUUAUUAUUAUUAUUAUUAUUUGUUCUUAAAAAGAAACAGAGUCCACGCUUGUUCUCAAUAUUUCUGCUCGUCUCACAUUGUAGUAAAUAUUUUAUUAUAAAAUAAAAAUAAGUUAAAAGGCAGUGAUUAUUCUGAUCA